GUGGAAUUGUAGGUGUAUUCAUUAAUAUCGUCUGAUUGGUAGCAAGCAAGCUGUGGCGCUGGACCACUAGACCAUUCAAUCCUACUCUUACCAUCUCGAGAAUUGUUGAACUGACCCACCGACUUGACGGUCUCGCGCUGGUCAAAGAGUGCUGCGAAACUCGCUCUUCAACUGUUUUCUUUGUUGCUAUUAUUCAAAGUCGGCGUAGCGUGUGACAGGUGCACUGGUUUUGUUUUUCGAGCAUGAAGUUUGUGAUGUUUGUGAUUUUUUUUCGGUAUGGCGCAACGUGAGAAAUGUGAUUUGUGAUAUUGGGACCGUUAACGUAAUAAACAUAACACCAUUCUUUUAUAAUAAGUGUCGUUAAAGCACUCUGGGUCAUUUAAGAAUGGGAAUUCCAAUAAGUUAUCUCCCUUUAAAACUUAAAAAACGCUUACGACUUCGGCAAUCGUAAUGAAAUUUGUCUGAAGCGGGUGUAAAAACUUAAAACGUCCAAUCUGUUCGCGUAAACAUUUAUCAAGAGCCAUUAAAAUGUUUUUGCGUCGAUAACUGCAAGACUGUGGUAACUUUUUGUGUUAAAGUAACAAUCACGCGGACUCCAUGAAUGGACUUAUAAGGCCCUACAAGAGCCACCGCCAUUGGUUCUUCUUGGUGUUGCUGGCUGUUAUCAGUGCGUCGGCAGAAUACAAAGGACUCUACACAAACACAAUCUCUAGCGUCCACGAAACCAUCCCUCAAAAAGUCACCUCGAAAGGUGAUCACCUAACCAACGACAUCACAACCUUCUACAAUAACCCUUCAGAGUUCGUCCACUUCAAUGUUUCAAUAGACGAAGAUGUGCACUUUUUAGUCCUCAAACCUUCAAAUAAUUUCUUUAUUCCUUCCAUAAUCGUCGAGAGAAGAAGAAAAGAUAAUUUCACAAGGGAAGAACCUUUGGUAACAAAGACGAACUGUCAUUUUCAAGGAUAUAUAGCUGGACAAGAGGGAUCGAGAGUCGCGUUAUCGGCUUGCAAUGGACUGACGGGCAUAAUACAUUCCCAAAAAGGAAAGUACUACAUAGAACCAGCCAAUCAUCCUUUAAAAAAGAUAGAACCAGCUCAUAAGCAUCUCGUUUACAAAAGGUCUGCAAUAGUGACCAGUUACUCAAAGAAAAGAAAAAAGAAGAAAAGAAGACAAACUAAUUGUGGAACUAAAAUACCAAGAAGAUGGACAUUAUUGGAAUGGCAAACCGAACAAGGAAAACUAAAAGUUCAAAGGAAGAAACAUAAUCGCAAAUCUGUUGUUAAAAUACCGACAGUUCAAAAAGGAAACAUGAAAAAGUUUAAAUACAGAAGAAAAUCUGGCAAAGUUGAAAAACCCGGCAGAAGUCAAAGGUCGAUAAGUUUGAACCAUUAUGUGGAGACCCUUAUAGUGGCUGAUGCGAGUAUGGUGGAUUUUCAUCAAGAUGGAGAUAUCGAAACGUAUAUCUUAACCCUGAUGAACAUGGUAUCCUUGCUCUUCCAAGACCCUAGUAUAGGCAACAGUGUAAAAAUAGUAGUAGUAAAAAUAAUUCUGAUAGAAGAUCCUCAGUCAGAGCCUGUACUUAGUGUUAGCACUAAUGCAGACUUAACCCUAAGGAACUUCUGUAAAUGGCAGCUCGGACUUAAUCCAGGAAAAGACACCCAUCCUCAUCACCACGAUGUCGCUAUCUUAAUAACCAGAAGAGAUAUUUGUGCAAGACAAGAUGCACCUUGUGGAACAUUAGGUGUUGCACAUAUCGGAGGGAUGUGUAAAGCGAGUAGAAGUUGCAGCGUAAAUGAAGACAAUGGAAUUACUUCUGCGCAUACAAUUGCUCAUGAAUUGGGUCACAAUUUUGGCAUGAUCCAUGAUACCGAAAAAGUUGGUUGCAAACGAAGAGAAGGAAACAUCAUACACAUCAUGACCCCACAUUUCGAAGCUGAUUCUGUCACUGUAAACUGGUCUAGCUGUAGUCGACGAGAAAUAACACGAUUUUUGGAUAAGGGCUCGGGUCAAUGUCUCGAAGACGAACCAGAUCUACUUGAAAGAUACAAGUAUCCAGAUCUACCAGCCGGCGUCAUGUAUGACGCGAAUUAUCAAUGUCGUCUACAAUUUGGUCAAAAAGCAAUACUGUGUACACCCCCCGAUGAAAUAUGCUUACAUCUUUGGUGCUCUAUAAAUACCACUUGUACCACUCUUUUAAGGCCUGCUGCUGAAGGCACAAACUGUGGAAAACAUAAGUGGUGCCACAACCGUGAAUGUGUCCUCAUGCUGGAACCUCCUAGUCCUAUAGAUGGAGGUUGGGGAGAGUGGAGCUCUUGGAGUGAAUGCUCUCGUACUUGUGGAGCUGGUGUUUCUGUAAUGUCCAGAGAUUGUAACCAUCCCACUCCUGCUUACGGAGGAAAAUACUGUGUUGGCGAAAGAAAACGAUACAGUAUUUGUAACACCCAACCAUGUCCACCCGGUGAACCCACUUUUAGAGCCUCACAGUGUUCGCAAUAUGACGAUAAGAUGUACGAAGGGAAAAAAUAUAAAUGGCAACCCUAUUUUGACGAUGGCGAGCCCUGUCAGCUGUAUUGCAGCGACGCUAAUGAAACUGUAAUCGUUCCUUGGGGGGAAUACGCCAAGGAUGGGACGCCCUGCAGCGUCGUGUCGAGGGACGUCUGCAUUUCAGGUAUUUGCAAGAAAGUGGGAUGCGAUUGGGUGGUCGACUCGAAAACGGAAGAAGACGAUUGCGGCAUAUGCCAAGGAGACGGCAGCAAAUGCGACAAAAAGCACGGGGUCUACGAUAAACAGAAUUGGUCCCCGGGCUACAGGGAAAUUGUGGUCAUACCGAAGGGCGCUCGGAAUAUUCGAAUAGAGGAAAAAGAUCAUUCGCCAAACUACAUCAGCAUCGGUAGCGCUCUCGCCAGAAGGUUUUAUCUCAAUGGAGAGCGACAUAUUUUCCUGCCUGGGGAAUACACCAUAGCAGGAACGCAAGCCCUUUACGGCAGGGACAAUCAGCUCGAAAAAAUUCGUAUACCUGGUCCAAUCAUGGAGCCUAUUGUUGUUUAUAUAUAUUACAGAGGCAACACUUGGAACCCAGGCGUGGAAUACAAAUACUCAAUAUGGAAGCAAGGAACAAUGAACAAAAUAAAAUACUCAUGGAUACUGGGAGAAUGGUCGCAGUGUUCAGUAACUUGCGGCGGAGGGGUUCAAAAUCGACAGCCUCUCUGUCAAGAAUCUGUAGUAUCCACAAUGGCAAUGGAGCUGGAAAGACCCAACAUGGUCGAAGAGUAUUAUUGUGAACCGGAUGAAAAGCCAGAUCAUGAGAUGAGAAGUUGCAACGAGGAUAACUGUUCGACUAGGUGGUGGGUAGGGCCUUGGCAAGCGUGCACUGCUACUUGUGUUGGAAAGGGGAAGAAGGCGAUAAAGAGACGAAGCGUGGUGUGCGUGGACGACAAGGAGAUGGCGCUACCAGAUAAAUUUUGCGACAAAAAGACUAAACCUUUUGAAUAUAAACCUUGUCAAGCUUUACCAUUAUGCGAAGAUGUAUAACAUAAUUUAUAACUUUAGUACUUACUCAAUUUAUAUAGAAUAUAUUUUUUAAAGAA